ACAGUGUAAACAAAGAUGGCGACACCAUCUGAUACACACCACUUAGCAUAUAUCCUAUAGAGUUGGCGAAGUUUUCCGGCCGUGGAAGUUGAGAGGCAUCAGCACUUAGCUUUAUAAUUGACUUAUGAGGCAUCAGCUUGUUUAGUGCUGCUAAGCCCAGAGAAAGAUGUGACAGACUCCGGUUGAGACACUAGGGCACCUGGGAAUUUACCUGGCCUAGUAAUGUCACGCACGAGGACCAAAGACAGUUUGAGGUUCCACCAAGAUGGCAAACUUCUGCUGAGGGCGAGCCGUGAGGAACCCGAUAGAGGGCGCGAUCGUCCUAGGAGACUUGCUGGUGACCGAGCCCGCGGUCCACAGAUCGACUCGGACAGAAUACGCCAUUGUCAUCAGAAGUCCGCAGCGGGACUCGUAUCCACAGCAGCGCGUUUCAGGUGAGGGCAGCGGGCAGGCAGAGGCCGAAGAGCAUGUAUUAACCCAUCAGUAGAGGAGAAGCACCAAGGCAACAGGAGACAUACAAGAUCAUCAUGGCAGAACCAGGAGGUGAACAAUCUUCAGGAGCACCUCAUGGCCUCCUGCCUAAGUCGGACUGUUCUGGGAACGCAAUGACCCUCCACUCAGAGGUUUCAGCAGUCAUGGACAUGUGCAUAAAAACUGAGCCUGUUGAGCAGGACAUUUCUCACCAUGAAUAUUGUACUGAGAUAAAGAGCUUCACUGCCAAAGAGCUGGGCUCAGGGCUGCACCAGGAUGUUGACCAAAUUAAACAGGAGUCUGUGCUGCUCAACUUAAAAAAAGAGAGUGAUGAUGGAGAGCUGUGCAACACCACAGAGAUGCUCUGCUUUCCCUCAGAGCAGUUAAAAUCUGGUACAUGUCUGUUUGCCAAACAAUGUAGAUCACAGACAGGUGAAGUUAUGGCAGAGCAGAAAUCUUUGUUACAGGAGCCCUCUGUUUCAAACACAGAAAUGCACGGAGCUGCAUUAUAUUGCAUAAAAGAGAAGUACAAGGCCAUAGAGGGGUAUCAGUUAAGCUUGUCUCCAUUAACUGAACAACAUAAACAAGAGACAGAUGCAGUGAAAUCAGAGCAGAAUUCUUUACCAAAUGACCUUUCACAGAAGAGUUUGGUUGAGCCAAAUAGCAGUUCAGCUGCUGAAGGUGCUUUGGAACAAUCUAUGAGACCUGGCACCAGUGGCAUAAAUCACAAGGCCAGUAAACAGCCAUGUCAUGAUAGUGUUACUGCUGAAGCCCAGAAUUCUAAGGAAAAAUUUCAACGUAUUCGGUAUGGAAAGAGUUUUUUCCGAGUAAGUACCUUAAAAAAGCAUCGGCGUGUUCAUUCUGGUAAGAAACGGUAUAAAUGUUGUCAAUGUGAAAAGAGUUUUUUCUAUGAAAGUACUUUAAAAGCACACCAGGUUGUUCAUUCUCGUGAAAAACCAUUUGGAUGUGAUAAAUGUCCAAAGAGUUUCUCUCGUGCAGGUGCCCUAAAAGCGCACCAGGUUGUUCAUUCUCGUGAAAAACCGUUUGGAUGUGAUAAAUGUCCAAAGAGUUUCUCUUGUGCAGCAUACUUAAAAAAGCACCAGGUUGUUCAUUCUCGUGUAAAACCAUUUGGAUGUCAUCUUUGUGGAAAGAGGUUUUGUCGCAGAAGAUCCUUAAAAGCACACCAGUGUGUUCAAUCUGAUGAAAGACCAUAUAAAUGUAGUCAAUGCGAAAAGAGUUUUUUUGAUCAAAGUACCUUAAAAGCGCAUCAGGUUGUUCAUUCUCAAGUAAAGCCAUUUGCAUGUGAAAAAUGUCCGAAGACUUUUUCUUGUGCACGUAACUUAAAAAAGCACCAGGUUGUUCAUUCUUGUGAAAAACCGUUUGCAUGUGAUAAAUGUCCAAAGAGUUUCUCUCGUGUAGAUUACUUAAAAAAGCACCGGCUUGUUCAUUCUUGUGAGAAACCAUUCAAAUGUGAUAAAUGUUCAAAGAGUUUCUCUUGUCCAGAAUACUUAAAACAGCACCAGCGUGUUCAUUCUGGUGAAAAACCAUACACAUGUCAUCUUUGUGGAAAGAGAUUUAAAGAGAAAAAUACCUUAGAAAAGCACCAGGUUGUUCAUUCUGGUGAAAGACCAUACAUAUGUAAUCAGUGUGGAAAGAGGUUUAAGCACAGCAGUACCUUAAAAAAGCACCAGCGUGUUCAUUCUGGUGAAAAACCAUAUAAAUGUAGUCAAUGUGGAAAGAGUUUUUCUAACAAUGGCAACUUAAGAAAUCACCAGGUUUUUCAUUCUGGUGAGAAAUCAUACAAAUGUAGUCAAUGUGAAAAGAGUUUUUUCAAUCAACGUGCCUUAAAAAGGCACCAGAUUGUUCAUACUAGUGAAAAACUGUUCAGAUGUGAUAAAUGUCCAAAGAGUUUCUUCCGUGCAGAAUGCUUAAAAGAGCACCAGGUUGUUCAUUCUCGUGAAAAAUUGUUUGUAUGCAGUGAAUGUUCAAAGAGUUUCUCCCGUGAAAGUGACUUAAAAGCGCACCAGGUUGUUCAUUCUCGUGAAAAACCAUUUGAAUGUGAUAAAUGUCCAAAGAGGUUCUCUCGUGCAGGUGACUUAAGAAAGCACCAAGUUGUUCAUUCUCGUGAAAAACUUUUCGGAUGUGAUAAAUGUUCAAAAAGUUUCUCCCGUGCAGAACAUUUAAAAAAGCACCAAGUUGUUCAUUCUCGUGAAAAUCCACACUGAAAAAAAUUGUUAGCUCAACAAGCAUUACUCAUGAAAAUCAAUUGCUUUUUCUUAAAGGUUUUUAGCGUCACUUAAUAUAUCGCAGAGCAACACAUAAUUAUUAACUUCACACCAUACUCGGAGGGAUACAUACAAUGAAAGAACAACUGUGAGUUAUGUCCACAUUCAGUUGCCUUUGAGUUAACCCGACACAGUGUUUUAAGUGUCGUGCAUGGCAAACCAUGUGCUGUACUGUGUAAUUGUGCAAGCACUUAAAGUAUCAAGUCAGCUGAGUCGUCUUUGCUCGUCUGACCAAAAUGUACAUAACUACUGCAAAGGACAGUGAAUCUCACAAAGCUUUCAUGUGAAAGUGGCAUUCGUCAGAAACAAAAACGCAAUCUAUUUCAGUCUCCACCAUCUGUCGAAGUCUGUGAGUGUCCACUAAUUGUGUGAUACUGAACAAGGGUUAGGGAUUAACUGUGAGCGCCAACAAAGCUUUGUAUUUCCAUAUAGCAGCAGUCCUUUGAAUUUUUUUAAUUUCCUUAUUGGUUAUGUUGUUCUUAUGCUUUUGACCAACACUAAGAACUCCCUCCCUUCUCGCUGGAGAUGCUCGUAGAGUUAGAGCGGGACAUGGGUUCACCCUGGGGACUGUUUUAAGGACUGCUCCCCACUGGAAUUUUCUUAGAGAGUAAUGUAGUAUUCCAUGCCACUCAAGAAACCCCUUAGGAGUAGGAGUGAUGUACUGAACCUUAAAUAGUUGUGAUUUGCAUAUGCAAUGUUGGAUGAUGUAAAUAGUUGUUCAACCAUGGGGGGACACUUGUCUAUACUGUGGUGGAAUUCCUUGUACUACUCAUUUUGAGACAAGUGUUUAGAGUGCUGGAUGUAGGGGAGCGCUAUGGCUUCUCACCCUGUUGAACUUGUUGCUAAAGUAUAUGAUACUGGGGUGUUGAUGUUUUAUAAACUCUUCAUUAAAUAUAAAUACUUCAUUACUUUGUUACUCAUAUGUGAUUGUGUUACUAACUCAUUAAGUGUUACCAAAAUUCUACAUUAAUACAACCCAGUGUGAAUGAACUAAAUGCAGUUGCCAAUCUUAAGUUAAACUGUGAGGUUGAAACAACUUAGCUUUAGUAUUUGGAGAAGUUUGACUGAACCUUGGGGGGUGCGGUGGCGCAGUGGGUUGGACCGGGUCCU